GCGGGGCUCUGCCUUCUCCCAGCGCAGCUGCCCGUCGAGCGGGCAGGAGAGCCGCCCCAGGGAAAGCUCUGCGGGACCGGGAAGGGUUUCCGAUCGGCCGGAAGGCGGCUCUGACCCAGCGAUGUCCUGCUGGCCGGACCAUGUAAGCAGCUGACAACGACCUCGGGGAGCGCCGCGCCGCUUCGCCAGCAGAGCCCCCGAGGCGGGCGGAAGAUCCAGCGCCAGGCGCCCGCCCGCCCAGCCGCUCCUCUGCCCGGGCUGCCGCCAUGGGGCUGCCCACGUUGGAGUUCAGCGAUUCCUACUUGGACAGCCCGGAUUUCAGGGAGAGACUGAAAUGUCACGAGGUGGAGCUGGAAAGGACCAACAAGUUCAUUAAGGAGCUGAUAAAGGACGGGAGUCUCCUCAUCGGGGCGCUCCGGAAUCUCUCAAUGGCAGUACAAAAAUUUUCCCAGUCACUUCAAGAUUUUCAGUUUGAAUGCAUUGGAGAUGCUGAAACAGAUGACGAAAUUAGCAUUGCCCAGUCGUUAAAGGAGUUUGCCCGAUUGCUGAUUGCUGUAGAAGAGGAAAGGAGACGCCUGAUCCAGAAUGCAGAUGAUGUUUUAAUAGCACCUCUUGAGAAAUUUCGUAAAGAACAAAUAGGUGCAGCAAAGGAAGGAAAAAAGAAGUUUGACAAAGAAAGUGAAAAGUAUUAUUCCACCCUGGAGAAGCACUUAAAUUUAUCGGCUAAGAAAAAGGAGUCACACCUGCAAGAUGCAGAUACCCAGAUUGACAGAGAACAUCAGAAUUUUUACGAAGCAUCAUUAGAAUACGUCUUUAAAAUCCAAGAAGUGCAAGAGAGAAAGAAGUUUGAAUUUGUUGAGCCUCUUUUGGCAUUUCUUCAGGGAUUAUUUACAUUUUACCAUGAGGGAUACGAGCUGGCCCAGGAAUUUGCACCAUACAAGCAACAGUUGCAGUUCAAUUUGCAGAAUACCAGGAAUAAUUUUGAAAGCACGCGUCAGGAAGUAGAACGACUUAUGCAGAGAAUGAAGUCUGCCAGCCAGGAUUACAGGCCACCAAGCCAGUGGACUAUGGAGGGCUACCUCUACAUACAGGAGAAAAGACCACUAGGAUUUACCUGGAUAAAACAUUAUUGUACAUAUGACAAAGGGACAAAAGCAUUCACAAUGAGUAUUUCUGAAGCCAAAUCUGGAGGGAAAGUUAAUGGGCUUGUCCCAAGUUCACCAGAAGUGUUCAAGCUGAAGUCCUGCAUCCGUAGAAAAACAGAUUCAAUUGACAAGCGCUUCUGCUUUGAUAUUGAAGUUGUCGAAAGACAUGGGAUCAUUACUCUACAAGCUUUUUCUGAAUCCAACAGAAAACUUUGGCUAGAAGCUAUGGAUGGAAAAGAACCUAUUUAUACUUUACCAGCUAUUAUUAGCAAGAAAGAAGAAACGUUCCUAAAUGAAGCCGGUUUUAAUUUUGUAAGAAAAUGCAUUCAUGCUGUAGAAACAAGAGGUAUCACAAUCUUGGGAUUGUACCGAAUAGGGGGUGUGAACUCCAAAGUGCAGAAGCUGAUGAAUACCAUAUUCUCUCCUAAAUCUCCUCCUGAUAUGGACAUUGAUUUGGAAAUUUGGGACAAUAAAACUAUAACAAGUGGGCUAAAGAACUACCUCAGGUGUCUUGCAGAGCCACUCAUGACCUUCAAGUUGCACAAGGAUUUCAUCGUUGCUGUUAAGUCUGAUGACCAAAAUUACAGAGUGGAAGCAGUCCAUGCGCUUGUCCACAAAUUGCCAGAGAAAAACCGGGAGAUGUUGCACAUCCUGAUAAAGCAUCUGGUCAAAGUGUCAUUACAUAGUCAGCAGAAUCUCAUGACAGUCUCCAAUCUUGGAGUUAUUUUUGGUCCCACACUGAUGAGAGCCCAGGAGGAAACAGUGGCAGCUAUGAUGAACAUCAAGUUUCAGAAUAUUGUGGUUGAGAUUCUCAUUGAGCAUUAUGAGAAGAUAUUCCACACGGCCCCAGAUCCCAAUAUUCCUCUUCGACAGCCUCAGUCCCGAUCAGGUUCAAGAAGGACGAGAGCAAUCUGUCUCUCCACAGGUUCUCGCAAGCCUAAAGGACGAUAUACUCCAUGUCUGGCAGAUCCAGAUAGUGAUUCAUACAGUAGCAGCCCAGACAGCACUCCCAUGGGCAGCAUAGAAUCACUGUCUUCUCACUCUUCGGAACAGAACAGCACUACCAAACCUGCAUCUUCUCAGUCCAGGGAAAAAACAGGAGUUGUUCCAUGGAUUGCUUCAUCACCAUCUUCCAAUGGACAAAAAAAUUCAGGGCUUUGGACCACAAGUCCUGAAUCCUCCUCAAAGGAGGAUGCAGCAAAAACAGAUGUGGAGUCUGACUGUCAGAGUGUCACAUCUGUUACUGGGCCAGACAAUGUGACUUCACCAGUAGACUCAACCAAAAGAGGAUUGUAUAGUCUCUCUGGAACGAAACGAUCAACAGCUUUGUCUAUAAGGUCUAUCCCUUCUGCAGAAGGUAACCAAAGCUGCAGAAGUUCAUUGCAAAGUUUAGCUUCCCUGGAUGCCAAGGAAGUACCAAAGGUGCUAGAAAAUCCAGAUCUGCCUCCAAAAAUGUGCAGAAGAUUACGAUUGGAUACAGCAUCAAGUAAUGGCUAUCAGAGACCUGGGUCUGUGGUAGCAGCAAGAGCCCAGCUAUUUGAAAGUAGUUGCUCAGUGAAGCAGGCUCCCUCGGGAAGGCAAGCCAAGGCCAUGUAUUCCUGUAAGGCUGAACACAGUCAUGAGCUGAGCUUCCCUCAGGGGGCAGUAUUUUCCAAUGUAUAUCCGUCGGUGGAACCAGGAUGGCUAAAAGCGACAUAUGAAGGCAAAACAGGACUGGUUCCAGAAAAUUAUGUUGUCUUUCUCUAGUGAUAGUAAUGGACAGCAGUCUCUUCAUGGUAUCCAUGGUAACAAGCAAUAAGCACUGUGAUUUUUUUUUUUUUAAUCUGACACAGAUGCAGAGGGUCUGCCAACUAGCCCCGUGUAUGGUAGAUUUCCUUCCAUUUCUGCAACUGCAGAUUAUGUAGCUCUGUAUAAGUGGAAUAGAAUUCAUGGUACUUAUUCUGUCUUCUGCUGUUGGUAACGAGAAAAUCACUUUAUUUUUCUUUUAUGCCCGAAAUCAAAUCAGGUGAAAAUAAGAUAUUUUUUUUUCAGCUGAGCAACUGAUACUCAGUUGGUCCCAAUCAUUUCAAGAAAAGCUUGAGCUCAUAAUUAAAUUGUUAAUAAAUGUUCACAGAUGUCAUUGUUUGUAAAAGCAAUGUAGAUGUUUGAUAGGGCUAUAAAUGCAUUAAUUGGAGCAACAGUUUAUCAAAGUGCAUUUUUGUUUCAAAAGGCAUUUUUAAUGCAGUAUAUGUGUGUUUUGGUUUUUCUUCCUUCACUUCUAUGUUUUAUCCUAUAAUUAUUAAUAAAUUAUAUUUAUAAAAUCUCUCUGCCCUGAAACACUGUAAUCAUACAUUGGAAUGCCAACUAUAUAAAUAAGCUAUUGAUUAUUAUUAUUAUUAUUAUUUGCUAUUUUACUUGGAAUCCUUUAAAAUGAAAGAAGGCCAAAAUUAACUGCAAAAUAAAUACAAAUGAAAGAA